AGCCACACAGGGGCUCCAAGGCGCAACCCCCCAAAGCAAUGGGGUGUGGAGCUUCCGCAGAGCCUGUCCAAGUGGCAGUUUGUCCGCCGGUCCCUCCAAAGCCGACGGUGGAGGUCAAACAUGAAGGCAAUGAUGCAGGAAAUGCAAAAGAACCAGAGGCCAAGUUGCCAGAAGGUGACUACUCUGAGAAGUGGCCAAAUCUUUGUGAUCCAGACCAGGAGUUUAAUCUCUUGGACUACGUGUUUUGCUUGCCAGAGGGGAAGGGGAGCUCUGCCACCAUGCUGAUGAUCCCCAAGCCAAGCUAUUUGACCGAAGAGGAGUACCGCUCCUGGAAGUGGAGCUUUGAAAAAGAAAGGAACAUCAAGAUGAUCGCGCCGAAAGCAGGAGCUCGGGAUCGGAAAUGCUCCUUUGAACAGGUGGAACUCAAUGGAAAGCCGGCUUUCCGAUCUGACCGGUUCUUCUCCGAUUUCCACAUCACUGCUGAUGGAAUGGAGUUCCGGUGCCGAAAAGAGCCUGAGCGGGCAUUGUUGGUUCACCGAACCUUGGACUUGGAGGGGAACGUCUAUUGGAAAAGCGAUGGCCAUCUUUGUGACGAUCUUCAUGGGAUGCUCUUUACGGUUGCCCAGUGGAAAGCAGAUGACCAAGUGCUGGAAAUAGAUGGAAAAGAGGUUGCCAAGGUGACCAUGGAGAACUAUUUUUGCCCUGACUUCUUCCUAGCCUGCUACUUCUGCUGCCGCGGUGAGCCCGAGCUUUGCGACUACGUCUUGCUGAGUGCCAAAGCGCAGAAAGAACGAGAUGAGUUGAACAAGAAGGCCAUGCAGGCCAUCGAAAAGUCUGGUGGCCGAGACAUCCGACAGCAGCUUGAAGCAAGGCGGAAGGAGGAGGAAGAGAGAGUGGAGAAAGAGAAGAGAGAAGCCCUGGCAGCGCGCAAGGCCACGGCACCAAGUGGAGGGCAUGGAUCCGGCACACCAGCACCAGCAAAGUGGUGGGUUUGCCAGAAGUGUGGGUGGAAAUAUGCACAAGCGUGCAAGCCCUUCCAAGGCAAGUGCACCGUCUCGAGGGGCACAGCAUGCGGUGGCCCAGUAGUGCUGAAGUGAGACGGCUCUGAGCUUGGCACUUAGUGCUGAAGUGAGCGACGGGAGCAUGACAAAGCUAUUGCUCAUGAUUCUUGUGCUGCUGGGUGCUUGGCGGAAAGCUGACCAGAUUCAAGCGUGCGCUGAUGUGUCACCAGCAAGGGUCAAAUAGAGGGGAUUCAACAUGUGACUCACAGGUCUGAGAUGGUUUCAGGAACACUAUGUACAGGUUGUUCUUUUUCAGAGGGCUUGGGCAAAGUCUAGCUUUGAUGCUUGAAUGCUGGUAUUGAAAAACUGCCGUAUGCUUCAGAUGGCAAAGGUUGGGUGUGAAUGCGCACCUUGUUGAUGCGUCCAAUGUUUCACGCUGUAGAACAGCAUUGCCCAGCUUUCUGGUUGCAAAGCCAAGAGGUUUUAAUAUAUUCACCCCGCUCAGCGGGAGGCCAUUGCUACCACCCACACCGCCGAUCGAUACCACAGUCGCUUGACAUUAUGGGCGCUCACGUGCACGAAAUGAUCAUGCAUGAUCAUUCUAAAUAUGGAAUUGGUCUAGACUCUAGACUUGCUUGCACAUACAGCAGCAGGCGGCAACAUGCAUUGUCCCUUAAAUUGCGAGCCUCCUGUCCAAGGACAAGCGCCCCUUCGCUCAGAAAUAUGGUGAAACACUGUGAAACAUGUAUAUAUGGUGGUUGCCGAAUUUGGCGAUGUGGGGGGGCUCCAGAGCGUGUUGUUAUUGCAUUCCCAUGCAUUUGUUCUUUUCACAUCCUCGCUGUGGCAUAUGGGUUGCCCUGACACAUGAGUCGACCGUUUAUCUUUUGCAUCCUGGUUUUCUGCGAAGCAUUGGCUCUUGUAGUCUCUUUGUUUACUUUAUAUACAUACCUGAUUGUGCCGGUCAUGAAAAAACUGUUUGAAAGCAAGAGUCCCAUAAUGUUCCAUAGCCUGAGUCUGAAGCAAGCUAAAAUAGCACAUUGCAUGCAUGACAUGUGCCAGUUCCCUGCAGACAUGUGAGCGGAGAGAAAACAGACCAGCCAACGCUGUGGGUGUGCAGGUUCAUGUGAUGCCAAGAUUUGUUGAUCAUGAAUCUCACGCAGCUUAGAUCUGAGCAGAAAGUCGAAAGUUUGAAUUUGCG